UCCGCCUUCUCUGGAAAGCAGGCCGGGAAGCCCGUGGUGCACAUCGCUUGCGGGAGCACUUGCAGUGCGGCCAUCACUGCUGAGGGGGGAGCUGUACACCUGGGGCCACGGGAACUACGGCCAGCUGGGCCACGGCUCCAGUGAGGACGAGGCCAUUCCGAUGCUGGUAGCUGGGCUUAAAGGACUGAAGGUCAUCGAUGUGGCAUGUGGGAGUGGGGACGCUCAAACCCUGGCUGUCACUGAGAACGGGAAGAAGGUGAUUGAUGUGGCUGCAGGCUCCACCCACUGCCUGGCUCUGACUGAGGACAGCGAGGUCCGCAGCUGGAGGAGCAACAACCAGUGCCAGCACUUUGACACCUUGCGCGUGACCAAGCCAGAACCUGCAGCAUUGCCAGGACUGGACGCCAAACACAUAGUGGGAAUUACCUGUGGGCCUGCCCAGUUGCAUGCUGCUAUUAGUCACCAGGUUGACCCGGAAUUCCUUGGUUUAGGUCUGGGCAGCGUCCUCCUGAACAGCCUGAAGCAGACGGUGGUGACCCCGGCCAGCAGCACAGGCGUGCUGAGCACCGUGCAUUCAGCCUCCCAGGCCAUGCUGCAGAGCGGCUGGUCCGUGCUGCUGCCUACCGCCUAGAAGCAGGCCCGGGCGCUCUCUGCUCUCCUGCUCUGCACAGUUCAGUUUCAGGCAAUGAAGUGAACAUAGUCCAGGUUGUCGAUUCAUGAUUGAUCUUCUGGUGGGCAGCUUGAUGGCUGCUGGAGGGUUGGAGUCAGCCUUACACGCAGCCAUUACUGCAGAGAUCCAGGUAUGGCCUUGGAGGCACACGUGACCUGGUGGUGCGCUGAGAUCAGAAAUACCACACUCACACAUGUGAAGAAUAACUGAAAACUGUAAAACACUCAACUUUUAUAUCCAAGUAUUUUCUUAAAUUAAAAUUCUUUUAUGUGCUAAUUUUAAAAAUUAUUGAGAUGAUUUAAUUGUGAUAAAAUACUGCAUGUUGCCUGUUUCAGUGAAGUUAACAGAUAACCUGUUACUCAUGUAGACCAUUCCCGUCACCCGGAAAGAUCCCUGUGCCCUUGGCACUUGCAGCCAGGAUACUCCCCUGCCCUCAGAUGAGAUGCAUUUCGCCUGCUCUGAGUGUCGCAGCAGUAUAACUGUAUAGUAUGCACUCUUUCCUGCCUUGCCUUGGAGAAUGAUUUUCAGAUUCACUCACUGAUGUGUCUAUUGUGACUUCGUUUUUAUUAUUGGGAAGUUUUCCAUUUUAUGGGUGUAGUACUCUUUGUUAGUUCAUUCUCCUAUUGAAGGACAUUAAAUUGUUUUUGGUUUUUGUUUUCUUUUUUUUUUUUGAGACAGGGUCUUGCUCUGUCACCCAGGCUGUAUACAGUGACCUGAUCUUGGCUCACUGCAGCCUUGUCCUCCUAGGCUCACAUGAUCCUCCCACCUCAGCCUCCUAUGUUGCAGGGACCACAGGCAUGUCACCAUGCCGGGCUAGUUUUUUGAUUUUUUUUUUGUAGAGACAAGGUGUUACUGUGUUGCGCAGGCUGGUCUCCAAUUCCUGGGCUCGGGAUCCCCCCACCUUGGCCUCCCAAAGUGUUGGGAUUACAAGCGUGAGCCACCACGUCCAGGCUUUCUUGUUUUUGGCCGUGUAGAGCUGCCACGAUUGUGCUGUGAACAAGUACUUUAGUGAACAUAUGUCCUCCCUUUGGGUAAACACUUGGAGUGGAAUUUGUUAGGUUCUGGGGUCAGUGUGUGUUCAUAGUUUCCCAAAGUGGCUCUGCCAUUUACAUUUGAAACAGGACUUCUGUGUGUGAGAAUUCUAGCUCCUUCUUGUCCUUACAGAGCAGCUGGAUGCUGCGUGUGUGGGGCAGAUCACAUUGGGUUUUGUGAGAGCCAGUAGCAGGGUUAAGGAUUUUAGGGACUUCACAGAAGGAGGCUGGAGAGCAUCAGCAGAGGCAGCCUGGACCUUGGAUCUGUAAACAGAAGACACUGUUUGAAACUGCACAACUGAGUUGGGGUUUCCAACAGGGCAGGUGGAGGCCUGUGGGUAGGUGUGUGCGGCAGCCACAGAGGCUGGGAUAGCUUGGCACUGGGGUCAGGGGUCAGCCAGCCUGUGUGUCUUCACACCUGGUAAUGAGAUCACUUGUAAACAAUUUCUGUUUAUGAAUUACAGGAUAUUGAAGCCAAACAAGAAGCACAGAAGGAAAAAGAAAUUGAUGAACAGGAAGCAAAUGCCUCAGCAUUUCACAGAAGCAGGACUCCAUUGGAUAAAGACCUUAUUAAUAUGGGGAUCUGUGAGUCUUCUGGCAAACAUUGUUUGCCUCUGGUUCAGCUCAUACAAUAGCGUCUUAGGUAAAUCGUAUUAGCUGUAUUGUAUUGUGUUUUAUUUAUUUACUUUUUUUUGUAUUUUUGAGACAGAGUUUCGCUCUUGUUGCCCAGGCCGGAGUGCGGUGGCGCGAUCUUGACUCACCGCAACCUCCGCCUCCCAGGUUCAAGUAAUUCUCCUGCCGCAGCCUCUCGAGCAGCUGGGAUUACUGGCUUGCGCCACCACGCCCCACUAAUUUUGUAGUUUUAGUAGAGACGGGGUUUCUUCAUGUUGGUCAGGCUGGUCUUGAACUCCCGACCUCAGGUGAUCCACCCCCCUUGGCCUCCCAAAAUGUUGGGAUUACAGGCAUUAGCCACCACGCCUGGCCUAUUUAUUUACUUACUAACGUUUUUUUUGUUUGUUUGUUUGUCUUUUUGUGACGGAGUCUCUCUCUAUCGUCCAGGCUGGAGUGCAGUGUCAACGAUCUUGGCUCACUGCAACCUCCGCCUCCUGGGUUCAAGCUAUUCUCCUGCCUCAGCCUCCCGAGUAGCUGGGACUAGAGGUGUCUGCAACCACACCUGACUGAUUUUUGUAUUUUUAGUAGAGAUGGGGUUUUACCAUAUUGGUCAGGCUGGUCUCAAACUCCUGACCUCAGGUGAUCCACCUGCCUUGGCCUCUCCAAAUGUUGGGAUUACAGGCGUUAGCCACUGUGCCUGGCCUGUAUUGAAUUUUAAUAGGUGAUUAUUGGUUUUCAUAUUAAGAUAGUGAAAUCCAGCAUGAGGAUCUCAAAACUUUGUUUGGUGAUUGAAGGAAUAUUCUGAAAAUUACCUAGUAUAGAUUUUAGGGUAAAGAGCAGACCCUUUUAAAUAUAGGUGAGAGGAGAAGUUGGAGGGCAUGAUGAUGUUCAAAAGUUUUUCCAGAAGAGAAAUUGGGUGUGCAGUAAACCUGUAAAAAGAUUCUUGCUAAUAAGCAGGUGGAUGUAAAUGAAAAUCAUCAUGGAAGGUUAUUUUUAAAACUGGUUGUAUCAUUGCCUCACUUCAUAUAUUACAGAGUUAUACAUACUACUUUGUAAGAUAACUUUUCUUUUCAAAACCAAAGUCAAUGUGAAAGAAUGGUGAGCAUUGUUUUGGAAGGCCCGACUAGGAGGAGGUGGGAAGAAGUCAGACUCAGCCUGUGAACAGAAACUAACUUUGGCAGAAGCCAAAACAGUCAGACAGUGUUGUCUAAAAAUGAUCAUUCAAGAAGAGUGAAAAAACAAGGUGAUUUGUGAAAGAGAUUUAUUAGAAAAUGAAACACAUUUGUACCUCUGUUUAAUAAAAAUCUGCUUUUUGUCA